CCUCCAUUUGAGGCUUCGUCUUCUACCAAUCGCUCUUCCCCAAAUAUAGGUUUCAAUCUCUCUCUCUCUCUCUCUCUCUCUGCGUCUGCGUCUGCGUCUCCUAUAUGAAUGGGCAUUUGAUGGUUUGAUCUUUGUCUUUCAAUGGGAGGUUUACGCGCCUGAUAAUUCCAAAUCCAAUAACACCAUGGGGGCCUGCGUCUCCAUGCACGGAGCUUUGCUGAAGAGAACCAGAAACAUCAGGAAAGCCCUCCCGGAAGAUCGAAGCUCCUGCGGGGCCAUCCAUAAAGCCCUAUCUCGGAGCCGGAAUCGUUCUCCCAAUACACGCAUCGUCACCGUGCUGAAAGACCCCUGCGGGGACGACAUUUUCCGGAGAUAUGUGUUCGGGAAGGAGCUAGGGCGGGGAGAGUUCGGGAUCACGUACCAGUGCCACGACAAGGUCAGCGGCGAGAAGGUCGCCUGCAAGAUGAUAUCGAAGAGCAAGCUCAAGUCGGAGAUCGACGUCGAGGAUGUGAAGAGGGAGGUGGAGAUCAUGCGGCAUUUGCCGUCGCAUCCGAAUAUCGUCAAGUUCAAGGAGGUUUAUGAGGAUAAAGAGGCGGUUUAUCUUGUCAUGGAGCUCUGCGAGGGCGGCGAGCUCUUCGAUAGGAUCGUGGCCAGAGGGCAUUAUACCGAGAGAGGUGCUGCAACCGUCACCAAGACCAUUCUCGAGGUCAUCAAGGAGUGCCACAAAAACGGAGUAAUACAUAGAGACCUAAAACCCGAAAAUUUCCUAUAUGCAAACUCCAGUGAGGAUUCCCCAUUGAAGGCUAUUGAUUUUGGACUCUCCAUAUUCUUUGAGCCUGGUCAGCGGUUCAGUGAAAUUGUUGGAAGCCCUUACUAUAUGGCUCCCGAAGUGCUUCGGCGAAAUUAUAGUGCAGAUGUAGAUGUAUGGAGUGCAGGUGUUAUUCUUUACAUCUUAUUAUGUGGAGUUCCUCCCUUUUGGGCAGAAACUGAAGAAGGAAUUGCACAGGCAAUAGUUCGGUGUGAAAUAGACUUUACUAGAGAUCCAUGGCCGAAAGUUUCUGAAGAUGCUAAGGAACUUGUGCGUGGUAUGCUUGACCCAAACCCUUACAGCCGGUUUACUGUUGAACAAGUCCUUGAACAUCGGUGGAUUCAUAAUGCACAUCAAGUCUCUAAUGUCCCUCUAGGAGAAAAUGUCCGAGCAAGAAUUAAGCAGUUCUCAUUGAUGAACAAAUUCAAGAAGAGAGUCCUCAGAGUAGUAGCCGACAACUUGCCACAUGAGCAAGUAGCAGGGAUCAAGCAGAUGUUCCUUAUGAUGGACACUGAUAAGAAUGGAAACUUGACAUUUGAAGAGCUCAAGACUGGCCUCAACAUGAUUGGCCAACAGAUUGCCGACCCUGAUGUGCAGAUGUUAUUGGAAGCUGCUGAUGUUGAUGGGAAUGGAAUGCUCAACUACGAGGAGUUCAUGACAAUGUCUGUACACCUUAAAAGAAUGAGCAGCGACGACGCGCAGCUCCGCCAAGCUUUCUGCCACUUCGACAAGGAUGGAAGUGGGUACAUUGAGUUUGACGAGCUGAAAGAUGGUUUAUCGGAGGACAUAAACAUGGGCUCCAACGGUGACCAAGUCAUCAAAGACAUCAUAUAUGAUAUUGACUUAGACAAGGAUGGUCGCAUCAGUUAUCAAGAGUUUGAGGCCAUGAUGACAACCGGGGUGGAGUGGAAAAUGGCGUCUCGCCAGUACUCCAGAGCAUUGCUAAAUGCACUUAGCCAGAGAUUGUUCAAAGAUAAGUCUUGUGCAACGAAAGAAUAAUACCCCCCAAAAAAGCUUGCAUCAUUAAUUCGAUGAUAUAAUAUAAUAUAAGAAGCUUCCUUUAUAGAUUGAUCUCUCCUUUGCUGUAGUCAAUGUAUAUCUGCACAAUUAAACAUUGUGCCGUAUUUAUUUGACUUCUCCUAU